AGGAACUGACACCCAAUCAUCAAUGCAGCACUGAGGAGGCAAACCUGGUAGGUAGUCAAUGUCAGCAAUAACGAAAGCGAUAGAGGCGCUGACAAGGAUCACGGCUGGGGGUGCCUUCUCAUACGUCAUUGAGAGGUGUGUGACUUGUGAGCACGACUCAGUGAUCUUGUACGUCCUUGUACCUCGGUUUCUUGAUACGGAUGACUAUGAUGUGAGGCCGUAUGUAUCUGCUGAGACAAGGAGAGGGAUCGAUUACGAGGCAUGUUGGAUAGCUGCUGCAAAGCUGACGACUCCAGCGGCAUCGAGUACAACAUUGACGGUACCGAUCACCACCGGAGUUCUUCCCGCAUGCCCGGUCCGAAAGGCCAGUGAGCCGUUGGCUGACUAUUUUGAGCGGCUACAGGUAUUUACAGAUACCGUAGCUGCCGCCAAGGCUCAGCAAGAGGCAGCAGAGGCAGAACGUCAACGGCUCGCCAAGGAGGCGGCAGCCCAAGCUCAGCAGACUGCUGAGGCUGAUGCAGCGGCACGAGACCAACGGAAUGCCGCCAGUACGGAGUCCCUGAUUCACAGUGAAAGUCAGUGGAGAACGUUCCUCCAAGGCAUGAUCUUUGUGCCUUCGGAGGCGCAGGCAGAUCCGACACUGGUGGAGGCAGAAAGGACUCACCUGGAUAACUUGAUGCUGGGCAUGAUGAGAGGCAUCAUGUGGAAUAACACACUGCUGCAGGCACAUCUGCGCACGGAACGACAGCAGCGACAAAAGUACCAGCAAGACAUUGUUGUUUUAACAACUGCCAUCCGCGCCGAAGCAACGCAGCAACAGCAACAACAUCAGCUUUUGAACUCCGCUCUCGCACGCAUCAACAGCAUUGAGGCUAACGCCUCAGCAGCGCCAGGCUGCACGACAGACGCGACGAAGCAACUUAAUGAGCGCAUCGAUCACGUCGUCACCAUCAUCGGCGACAUAGGUGUUUUCAAUGGGCCGGACACAAUCAGUAGCACGGUGGACGUCAUCAAGACGGACAUCACCAAGCUGCAGACGAGACCGGACGCCGCUACAAAGACUUACAAGAUGCCGCACUUCGACAUCAGCAAGUUCGACGACUACAACAAGUCGGACGCCUUGACAUGGUGGCAACGUUUCCUCACGGAAGCAUCAUGCCGCAUUGUCCCGGCAGACGACAUGAUGAAGGCACUCAACUUGCAACUAAUUGGAGGAGCGCAGGCUUGGAUGAACCAUCUGGCGGCUACCAACAAAUGCACCAUCGCCGACCUCCACACGCACAUCACGUGGAAUGAGUUCGAGAAGCUAUGGUUCACCCGGUUCAUGGUCCGCAACGUCGUGAAGGCGGUCAUGAACGAGAUGUACACCUGCUCUCAAGGAAAUAUGCCAACUCGAGACUGGACAACCAAGUGGCAGAAGAUAGUGACCACACCAGGAUUCGAUUUGAGUUUUCCAAAUCAACGAUCCGAGUUCUUCUCGCGAUCGUGCGCGGAACUGCGGUCGGCACUCGGCAACGAGUACGACUAUGACACGUUCCAGGCCAUUCUGGAUCGUGCGAACUUAGUCAUCCAAACGGAUGACAAGGCUGCAAACGAACGACAGUCCCAACCGCAUUAUGUGGCUAAGCAGGGCUAUCAACGUCCGACACAUAACAAUGCCGUGAUUUCUGAAGAAACAGACGAUCUCCACGCUACARCAKCAUCCUCGAGUGAUGGAGGAAUUGUAGCAGCGCUCCCGCCGAAGYGUCCCAAGAGAGUUCGGAAGAACAAGGCGAYACAAGAGACARCAKCGACGGGARCUGGGCAGCAGCCAUGGACGGCUUACAAGAUAACCAAGGAUGUCUAUGACCUUCGUCAAAAAAUUCGCGACGCCAUUGCUCGGAAUGACGUCGAGGAGAUGGGCCUUGCAUUCUUGCAUGCCCUCCCCUCGCCGGACAGACCAGCCGCGUCACCGCCGGACCCACGCAUUUCUCACCUCCUAGACGAGUAUGGAGACGUCUUCGAGGCUCCCACCGGAACGGUUCCGGAUCGGCCCAUACGUCACGGGAUCACUCUCGAGGCUGGCGCCGUCCCUCCGCGUGGAUGUAUCUACCGCAUGAGCGAAGAGGAACUCGAGGUGCUUCGCGCACAACUCGAUGAUCUUCUGGACAAGGGCUGAAUUCGCCCUAGUUGCUCGCCAUACGGUGCACCUGUUCUCUUCGUCCGGAAGAAGAACAAAGAUUUACGAUUAUG